CUCGCGCCCGGCUGAAAGAUGGCCGCCGCCGCCCGGCAGCCACCGCCCCGGAGGUUACUCUAGGGCCUGCGGCUUCCGCCCGUGCCCGCGGACCACCGCCGUCUCCUUACCAUGAAGCCAGUGAGUCGCCGCACCCUGGACCAGAUUUAUUCAGCGUUGCUCCUCGCGGUCGUAUUGCUCUCCUGGGGAUACGUCAUCUAUGCAUCAACUGUAGCUGCACGACGACAGCUAAGGAAGAAAUACCAAAUCUUCGGGAUGAAUGAAAAUUCGUAAUUCCUCUGGAUCUGAUUCCAUGCAUAUACAAUUCUUUACCUCAUGCUCAUCUGACACGUGUCUCGAUUUAAUGUAAAAUCUUUAAAAUGCUUUGAAAUUCAUUUUUGUAUACCGUCCUUUAUAAUAACCACUAAUAUGCUACUUUUUUAUAUACUUAGAGAUUUGUCUUUUACGUUCUCACAUAACAAAGCAACCUACAUCUAGGCCUUUUAAUCUAGAGUUUCUAAAAUACUUUUGAAAUGCUUCAGAAAGCCGCCUUUAAAAGUGUGUGGAACUUCUGUUCUUUUGUUUACUGCAACAUUUCAUUACAUUGUAUACCUUCACAUCACAGUAGAUUAAGUACUGUUUAAGAAAAAACUAUCAUGUGACUAAAUAAUUUUCUACAUGCUGUUUUCCAAAUUAAAAAUGGCCAGAAAAAGUAGGUGAUUGCCCAUACCAUUUUUUUAGCAUGUCCAGUUUUUACUUAUUGUUAGAUAAGUCAAAGAGUCUCAAAUUGUACAGAGAGAAUCGUACAGUUUGGGAAGAAACAGACAACACAUAUCUGAGUAAACUUUAUUAAAGUUACUUUUCCAGAAAAUAUAUUCAGUAAGUGUGGUAAUGUAGCAACAAACUUGGGCUCAAACACCUUCGAAAUUUUAAAAGUAAUCUUCAGUGAUGUUGAUCAGGAAAUUCUUUCAUUGGUGGGAUUACUUCUCCAGUUUCCAGAAUUGUAUCACCCUAGAAAAACAAAGAUGCAUUAGUGAAAAAUCUUGUCUGCAGAGGUGAUAGUUCCAUUUGGUCAGACCUCAUCUGGAAAAUCUAGUUCACUUCUGGCAUUCACACUUUAAAAGGGACACAGGCAAAACAGAAGCUGUCUAAAGAUGAGCAACCAGUAUUCAAAAUCUUAAGGUAUAAGGGAAAGAAUAGGGGAAGUUUCACUCAAAAAUGACUAGAAAGGACAUGAAUGUUGUCUUUACAAAGUGAUAAAAGGAUAAUCUUUAUUUGCUUGGCCCCAAGAAACAGAAGCCCUAGAAAGCUGCAGGUAAACAUCUUCACUUCAGUAUAAGGCGGUAAUGUACUCCCAGCAACUGAAUGUGUUAGGCAGUCACCAGUUUACCGUUUGGCUCAGAAUGGAUAUUAGAGACACAAUGCAAACUUUCCUUGGGCAGCUGGUUCGGGUGUCUUUCCAAACCUAGAUACAGUGUGUAUGGCAGAAUGGGCAUGGACUUUAAAGCCAGAACCAAGUAGUGUGAAUCCUGGAACCCUCCACUGACAAGCUGUAUAAUUUUAGGCAAAGUACUUAGCUUUAAUUUCAGCUCUCUGUUUAAGACAGCAGGUUCCAUCAGCCUGAUAGUCCAUGAAUUGACUUAGUAGAGUAGAAUUAUCCCCAUCACCACCUACCAUUCCCUGACCUGGUACGGCUCAGGACUGUAUAAACUUGUAUUAUGUUUAAGCCAUUAUAUACCUGGGGGAAAACUUGUUACCACGGCUAGCAUUACCCUAACACAGAAAUUAAUAACUUGAAGUGGUACUAAUGCUGCUGUAAUAAAAAUUGAACCACAUGGCACUGGCUUAGCAGUGGGGCUACAAGGACACUGGCAUUGGAGGCUAUAAGAUGGAAACAAAAGGCACUAAUAACUUAGAAGCAGACUGUCUAAUGAACUUGAGGUUCUAGGAAAAGUACCUGAAAAAACGUUACAGUAUGUGUUUAACUACUAGUGGCUGCCUUAGUAAUGUAUUUUAAGAAACAUAAGCUCAGGUAAGAAGUGGCUGAUUUGAAAGGAGAAAUAAAAAUAAGAAUCUAAAAAUUCAGGACCUUGCAAUAUUAGAAAAUCAGAUCGAUUGUUUCUGAAUCUCUAAACAGUAACAACACUGAAAAGAUUCUGAGAAACAGAAGCCCAAUAAAACUCAGUAAACAGAGGGACCCAGCACCGUGGCAAAGAUCAGACUGAAACAAAGGUAGCCCUUGAACUAGAGUGUGUUUCUGGUGGCCUCCACAUAGCUGCCUCUCAACUGAGUUGAGAGAGGCAGGAGAAUAAGGACAAAGAAAUGAGACAACUUGAUAACUAUGUAUAGAAACCACAGAUACUAGCAUGUGGGACUGACUAGAAGCAAAAAGAUUAGACUCCUACCAAGUAUUUUUCUUUCCAUGCCUGCCAAAUGUGAGAACUAGAUGGUCAAAGAAACCAAACAUACAGACAAUAAAAGCCUAUGACUGUUUCUGAUUAAAACAACCUCUGGCCCUCAACCUUCUGUGAGCAGGAGGGAGACUUUAAAGGCUGUACAACCCUAAGGAGGGCAUACUUCCCAGUACUCAUUUUAGAUGUGGUCUAGCUUGAUAAUGGAAAAGAAAGAAUCCCCCUAGACUGAGCCAGGGGCCAGGAAGAACAAUGAACAAAGGUGUUCCUUCCAGAAGCAAAAUCAGUCCUGUUCAAGUAACUUCCCACACACAGGGGUUAGGAGUCCUUACAGUGUUUGACCACUGGGGUUUCAGAGCCAAGUGACUGCUAUGCUGUCCAAAUUCCAUCGUUGAAUAAUGGGCGUGGUUGGGAGGCAAGGGAUACAGUUCACUUGCCAUUGAUCCUCAAAUCUCCAAGAGAAGAAUCUCCAAGAAUAACCCUGACGGAUAUUACUAUACAUCAUCUGAAGAUCUUAGGUUGCAGUGAUGUAAUGGGACCUUGGGGUUUCUCCCUAGGAAAGGGACUUGUGUUACGUGUGUGGGAAGAAGGAAGCAAAGAGCUAUUUGUUGACUAGAAGGAUACACUGUGGCAGAGACUCCAGGUAUGGGAGGCUGAGAAACAUAAAAAAGCACAAAGACAUGUGGGAUCAUGAGAAUGAGUUCUGGCCGACAGGACAUGAAGAGAAGUGAUGUAAGCUACUUCCAAGCUUAGACCUUGAAAUCAUCCCCUGAGACAUCCAGCCCUCUCUUUCCCUAUGAUCUUGGAGCCUCAUAGUCCCAAUGGCCUCACUGUAAUUGUCUGACCUAUGCUAGUCUAUGAUGUCAAUAGAAAAUAAACUUUUGUUGUUUGUUACUGUC